AGCUCUGGUCGGCUAGAGCCAGAUAAGUGUCGUCAAAUCUUGCCAAGAGAGGUUUUUGAUCAGUGGGAUGAUGCUCUUUCUGAAGCAGUAUUGAUGCGUUCAAAGAGAUUAUAUUGUCCUUAUAAGGAUUGCUCUGCUUUGCUUUUCAUUGACAAGAGUGAAGUGAAGAUGAAAGAUUCGGAGUGUCCUCAUUGCCAUAGAAUGGUGUGUGUAGAGUGUGGGACUAAGUGGCAUCCGGAGAUAACUUGCGAGGAGUUUCAGAAGCUAGCAGGGAACGAAAGAGGAAGAGAUAAUAUUUUGCUCGCGACGAUGGCAAAGAAAAAGAACUGGAAAAGAUGUUAUUCUUGCAAACUCUAUAUUGAGAAGUCUCAAGGUUGCUUAUACAUGAAAUGCAGGUGGAUGCUGUGUUGUCGUUGUUGGGUGGUUCUACUGAGCUUGCUCCUGGUCCGCAUAUGUUUCGAGAAGAAAGUAAGAUACGGUGUUCGCCAAGAAAUGGCCUUAAGGUCAGUGUAUCAUCAGUCUUGA